GGGGAAGGGAAGGCGCCGUCGCCCGAGGUUGCCAUGGAGUCGGAAGGGGCCUACGAGCCCUGCUUCGUCGGGAUCCGCUUUUGCCAGGAGUGCAACAACAUGCUGUACCCCAAGGAGGACAAAGAGAACCGGAUCCUGCUCUACGCGUGCCGCAACUGUGACUACCAGCAGGAGGCCGACAACAGCUGCAUCUACGUUAAUAAGAUCACGCAUGAAGUUGACGAAUUAACCCAGAUCAUCGCUGAUGUUUCUCAGGAUCCAACUCUGCCCCGAACAGAGGACCACCCCUGUCAGAAGUGUGGCCACAAAGAAGCCGUGUUUUUCCAGUCCCACAGUGCAAGGGCUGAGGAUGCCAUGAGGCUGUAUUAUGUCUGCACAGCCCCACACUGCGGGCACCGUUGGACGGAGUGAAGCGCCUCUUGGCUGCUCCCCCCCCGCCUCCCGCUCGAGGAAACUCCUGGACGAGCCAUGGGACACGUCCUCCGGUUAAUCACCCCACUUGGACUGGGCUUUGCUUUUUGCUCUGCUAAUAAAGAUGGUUUAUUUUUCA